AUGUUCAAGGUCCUCCCAAUCAUCGUUGCAUUGGCUACGAGCACUGUAGCAUACGUUGCUGGAACAGGUUACAAUAUUGUAACAAAACACGCCACACAGUAUUAUGGAAGUGGUCCAAAUUCAAUCGACAAUUAUGGAGCAUCGGGUUACAGUGGAAGUGGAAAUUUAGGUUACCUGAGUAAAGCCAGCAAAUACGACAUUUACGAUGAUCAGUACGACCACAAGGAUUAUUACGCUUACCCAAAGUACAAAUUUAACUAUGGAGUUCAAGACGCCCACACCGGGGACCACAAGUCGCAGUGGGAAAUUCGGGAUGGGGAUGUCGUGAAGGGAGGUUACUCACUGUUCGAACCGGACGGCACAAAGCGAGUCGUGGAGUAUACCUCGGAUAAACACAAUGGCUUCAAUGCUGUUGUAAAGAAAAUUGGCAUUGCUCACCACCCAAAAUUUUACGGAACCGCUGGCGGAAUCUCCGGAAGUGGAUACGAUGAGCAUCACGGCGAUGGCUACAGUUACUGA